UUUGGUCUUUUUUCUUUUUUCUUUGGGUGAAAUUGGGCAAGUUUGAGUUGAAGCUUUUUGAGUUUAGAGUGUGUGGGAGAAAUGUCGAACAAGGCUACUGUGUUGAAAUGCAUUGAAGCAAUUGAAAAUGCUACUUAGUUCUCCUGUUUAAUCACCGUCAACUGCAAAUUGAAUUCAUCUCAUCCAUUCGUCUUGUUUUUUUGCGGGAUACAUAGUUUUGCUAAUUAUGUGGACUUAACAAUUUUAAGUAAAUGGGUUGGGCUUGGAUUGAGCCCUAGUCAACUUGUCCUACCCCUAUAAGUUAUCAAUGGGUUGAGUUGGAUGAUCCAACUGGAAUUAGCCCAGCUGAUCUGAUGGUGGCUUAUAUCUCUGUAAUUUCUUCAUUUUACGUGUUCUUGCCUUAAAUUGAAAUCUCAUGUCACUAAAAUUUGCUUGAUUCAGUGGAAAUCUUUAGGAACCCUGAAGAGAUCCCAUGGGGUAAGACUGGUGCUGAGUAUGUUGCAGAAAGGAGUCCCUGUAUUUCUAUAUGGAGCAGCAGAUGAGCAAGCAAGGACCCUUGAUUCAACCAGUAGAAUUGCUAGACAGCAAUUGAUGGAUUCACGAAUGCAACUCAGGAUUCCAAAAUUGCAAGGUUUGUCAGUUCAUGAGUUGACUGUUUCUCCUCUUGUUGGUGAACUUGUGCUUUCUGAAAAUAUUAUCUUUCUAAAACAGAACAUUAUUUACUUCGAUCUUGCUUCUAACUUCAAAAUUUUGUUAUGUGAAGGUGGGAAGCACUUAGAAUACUUUUCAGGUGAUUCUUUGUUGAUUUACGUUUAUUAA